AUGGCUUUUCUUCUACCGAACCUCUCUCCUUCUCUCCUUAUCAAUUCCAAAUCCUUCAAAGAUAGAGAGAAACCAAUCCUAUACCAAAUCCAAACUUUACCCUCUCAUUAUCAAAUCACAACAACAACUACUCCAAAACCCACCAACUCUAAUACUUCUGUGUCCCCUCCGCUUCAGGUUAAGACCCCGCCAGGUGCACAGGAUAAGGAGCAGCACCAAAGAGAUGAAUUUUAUGUGAACCUUGGCCUGGCUGUGCGGACACUCCGUGAGGAUUUGCCUUUGUUAUUUACAAAAGACCUCAAUUAUGACAUCUAUAGGGAUGAUAUCACAUUUAUUGACCCACUGAAUACUUUCACUGGAAUUGACAACUAUAAAUUGAUCUUUUGGGCAUUGAGAUUUCAUGGAAAAAUGUUGUUUAGAGAGAUUUCACUUGAGAUUUUUAGGAUUUGGCAACCCUCAGAGAACGUGAUAUUGAUUAGGUGGAACCUAAAAGGCGUUCCUAGGGUUCCAUGGGAGGCUAAGGGAGAGUUUCAGGGUACUUCAAGGUAUAAAUUGGAUAGAAAUGGAAAAAUUUACGAACAUAAAGUGGAUAAUUUGGCCUUCAGUUUCCCUCGGCCGCUCAAGCCUGCUGCUUCUGUAUUGGAUUUGGUAGCUGCUUGCCCUGCUAGUCCUAAUCCGACCUUUUUCUGGGGGGCCGCAGACGUCUACUCGUCUUCAUGGGUGAAAUUUUAUCGUGCUGUUAGAGAGACACUGGACCAAGAACAGUACCAAUUGCUUUUGCAAGAUGGUUUGGUUACCUUUUCAUAG